AUCGACCACUCAGAAUACUGAAAUUACAGAAGCUUCACAGACGUCUUCCCCGAACACAGAUUUGACAACUCCAUCAACAUCACAAAUGCCAUCCACAUCUACAAGUGAAACUUCAGUGUCCCUGUCAUCCACAAUUAUUCCCACAAGUGAAGCAACAACGAUCCAAGAAUCGACAAUUGCUACUAGUGUCUCUCACACAACUUCAGCUGAACUUACCUCCUCAACACAGACAACCACAUUCUCCACGACAACUUCAUCUGAGACUUCUUUGCCCUCUUCAUCAACUGUCAGCUCUACACAGAUCUCAACACAGCAAUCUACUGAAACUUUGUCAACCGCAAGUGAGGCAACCACGGAAGACGAAACAUCAAUUCACACUUCGAGCACACCAGAAACAUCGACCCCAGAGCUUACUUCCUCCAGACAGACUUCAACUUCGCCAAGUGAAUCCAUGACAUCUUCUCCUCUGACCACCCUGACAAGUUCAACACAAGGAUCGAGCACUGUAACUACAGAAGCUUCACAGACGUCUUCCCCGAACACAGAUUUGACAACUCCAUCAACAUCACAAAUGCCAUCCACAUCUACAAGUGAACCUUCAGUGUCCCUGUCAUCCACAAUUAUCCCCACAAGUGAAGCAACAACGAUCCAAGAAUCGACAAUUGCUACUAGUGUCUCCCACACAACUUCAGCUGAACUUACCUCCUCAACACGAACAACCGCAUUCUCCACGACAACUUCAUCUGAGACUUCUUUGCCCUCUUCAUCAACUGUCAGCUCUACACAGAUCUCAACACAGCAAUCUACUGAAACUUUGUCAACCGCAAGUGAGGCAACCACGGAAGACCAAACAUCAAUUCACACUUCGAGCACACCAGAAACAUCGACACCAGAGCUUACUUCCUCCAGACAGACUUCAACCUCGCCAAGUGAAUCCAUGACAUCUUCUCCUCUGACCACCCUGACAAGUUCAACACAAGGAUCGAGCACUGCAACUACAGAAGCUUCACAGACGGCUUCCCCGAACACAGAUUUAACAACUCCAUCAACAUCCCAAAUGCCAUCCACAUCUACAAGUGAACCUUCAGUGUCCCUGUCAUCCACAAUUAUUCCCACAAGUGAGGCAACAACGAUCCAAGAAUCAACAACUGCUACUAGUGUCUCUCAAACAACUUCAGCUAAACCUAACUCUUCAACACAGACAACAGUAUUUUCCACAACAACUUCAUCUGUGACUUCUUUGCCUUCAUCAUCAUCUGCCAGCUCUACACAGAUCUCAACACAGCAAACUACUGAAACUUUGUCAACCACUUUACAAAGUGUUUCCACAGAAACAGAUUUCACCACACGACCCUUGACCACAAGACCAACGCUAACAUCUCAGUCAACAACAGCAUCCUGUCAAGAUUUUGUUUAUGGUGUUGACUGUUCAUAUGGACAAAAUAACACUGUUCCCACUAUUGAUACUGGAGCACUUCCCUCUCGUAAAGCAACUUUUAUUCUGAAAAUCGAUGUUGAUUUUUCACCUGCUUUUAAUGAUUUAACCUCAGCUGCAUCUUUGGAAUUCAUCAGAACAUUGGAACCGGUGCUCACAUCAUUAUGCCAAGAGGCAGACUCACAGACAUUUAAACUGGUCAAAGUCAAAAGUUUAAAAGAAGGAUCUGUUGUUGCACAGAGUCAGGCAGAGUACAUCUAUCGAAAUAAUGAAACUCAAAUCGAGUUCGUCAACACUCAGCUUGAUGUGGCGUUGACCAGUAUACUGAAUAGUACGGACAGCCGUGAUCAGAUUUCUCAAGCCUUCAACAACAGCACAGUGACAUUAAACGAAGUCGCCUUCUUGCCACCUGAAGUUUACAAUAUAACAGACCUGAUGCCUUAUGUUAACUGCUCUCACUUUGCUCAAUACACUGCUGAGGUCAUUGAUGGUCAAUGGCAGUGUGUUGGACCUUGCAAAACAAACCCUGAUUACUGUAAUCGACAUGGAGAAUGCCUCAAUGACAUUCAAAAUGGCCCUGUUUGUAGGUGCUUUGAGUCUAGCCUAGAACAAUUUUAUGGCCCACAGUGUGAACACUUCCGUCGGGGGCCAGGUUUCUAUGGAGCCCUGUUUGGGUCACUGGCAGCAGCACUUGUGGCCUUAAUCAUUGUUAUUGUAGCUGUCUAUGUCACAAAGAAAUACACUGGAGUUUGGAAAAGGAGAGACUCCUACAAUGGAAAACUGUCAGAGUUUGAGGAAGAUUUCUUUGAUUUCUCUGAUACAGGACUGGUAAACACCUUGACAUCAGAGAAUUUUACACCACAUCUAGGAAAUGUUGACACCCAGUCGCAGGUCACUACAAAACGUCCAGAGGUUUUAAACAUCAACCCUAAAUGAAGGCUUUUAGAUAAGUUAAAAUGAUUAAAAACCCAUUUGUAUUUCAUGGCUAUUUAAUCCUAAGGGGGUAAAAACAAAGUGGCUGCCCUUAUUGAGCUGUUUAAGACUUAGUGGUCAGUCCAAGUCACAUGACAGAUCACGUGCAAGAGAAAAAUAUUACAAGCAAUCACAUUAAUAAAUGUAUUACAUGUAUUUGUUAAAUUUAUUUUCACUAAAAUGUUUCUAUGGUAGUAAUAAAAAAAAAAAAAUAUGAAUAGCCAACUGUACAUAAAAGAAGAAAUAAUAUAUAGCUAUUGUUUUGUCAUUUUAAAUCACUGUUGAUUUUUGUGUCCUCAUAUAAACUUAAGCAUCUAAA